CGGAACAUAGCUAGCUGUUGAAAAGCCAAAUUAAAUGUCUUCUCCUGGCAUCUUUGACGCCUUUCGGUCCAAUGGCGCCCCGACCUAUUACGAGUCUGCUAAGACGCCUUUUAUGGCGGAUAUUUUGGAGUCUGGACUUAUUUAUGCCUUUGUGAUAUUAGCUUUUUCAUUUUUCACCAUCCUUCCUGGUAUUCGUGGUAAAGAGAGAAUUUUCAUGUUCAUACGUGUAACAGUGACAUUAUUCAUUGGUGGAGUUAUAAUGUUGACAAACUUUGGGUACGAGUGGGAAGUUGCCGAGGCCAAAAACGUAAGAACCAAGUAUAAGGCAGGAUCAGCAGGGGAGAUAACCGCAGAUAUCGCUGUACACAUGGGGCUCCGAGGGAUCAAUGUAACACUCAAAGCUGAAGGAGAAAAUCGAGGUCCUUUUAAUGAAACCAUAAACUACAAUGAACAUUUUGAUUGGAGAUGGGAACAGGGCAGAUUAGGUUUUGGGAUAUUUGCUGGACGUUUUAACCAAGAAUUUCGUGCCCGUCAAUUUCGAGGAACGCCUUUUCCCAUCAUCUGGAUUGCUGAGUACUUUAUAUUUGACGGGGAGGGGGUCAGAUGGGGGCGUCAUUACAGACAAGCAGGGUGGUACGCCCAUAUCCUGAUGUGGUUGUCCCUUCCUCUUUGGGUUUUGACAAUAGUGCUCUUCUUCAUUCUUUUGAAAUAUGGCGCUUAUUUCCUCAUGUUGACCGGUGGAGUAAUGGUUAUAGCCAACAUUAUCUGGGCUGCCAAUAGAAAUCCCUUUGAGCUCGUUAUACCUUUCAGCGCUGAACACAAGUUAGAGUUCCAUUUCGGAGCAUCUUUCUACCUGAAUUUGUUUACAGGUAUUAUAUGUAUUAUUCUUGGUGUUGUGAUCUGGGUCCUUGAUCUCCGGUUUCCGGAACUAGUCACGAAUUUCUUUGGAGUUGACCCUCUGCAGGAUGACAAUUUUAUACAAGAAGAUAAUGUUAGCUCCGAUGAAAAAAUGAACGGUUUGGAAAUGACUGGCAUGGACAACGGACAGCCAAACAAUAGUCAUCAAGACAGGCAUCAGAAACCACAAUCAAUUGCAACACCCGAUGACGAGGAAGAUGAUGAAGAAGACGAUAUUUACGAUCUUCCGGUGUUUGAGCCGAAACCAGCAUUAAAAUCUACCAAGUUCGAGAAGCGCAAGUCACGUGGUCUUACUCAACGUCUGCAGAAACCGAGACGUCGGACUAUACCCGACAUCCCAGAAUAGAUCUGACAAUACCAGGCAAAACUCAAGUUAAAAAUGUGUGUCAAGUCUGUAUGAAUUACCAGAAAAUAUUCGUCAGUCUCUUUUAUUACACAAUCCUUAUGGUCAGCUUUUUUUUUUAGAAUGUCUAUAUAUUUCAAUUUUCUUCAAUGCAAUAUAAAUGUGUGUAAUCAGGCAUUUUAUUAAAGUAUCAAAUG